UUGAACAUUUAAUGUCCUUUUUGUUUCAUUGCUCCACUGGGGCUGCCACAGCAAAUGCCCACAAACCGGGAGGCUUCAAACCACAGGAAUUUGUUCUCUCACGGUUCUGGAGGCCAGGAGUCUGCGAUCCAGGUGUGGGCAGGGCCAGGCUCCCUCCAAAGGCUCUAGGAGAGGGUCCUUCCUGCCUCUUCCAGCUUCUUGGGGCCCCAGACAUCCUUGACUUGUGGCCACAUCACUCCAAUCUCUCCUCCGUCUUCACAUGGCCGUCUUCCCUCUGUAUCUGAAUAUCUGUCUUCGUGUAAGGACACCUGUCAUUGGAUGAAGGGCCCACCCCACUCCAGUAGGACCUCAUCUUAGCUGAUUACAUCUGUAAAGACCCUGUUUCAAUUAAGAUCACAUUCACGGGUGCCGGGGUGAGGACUUGGACAUACGUUUCUGGGAGACAUAAGCAUGCCCUAAGUGACUGGUCACCUCUCGAUUCAGCAUCUUUCUCCCCUAAACUGGGCAGAACACACACUGCCACGGUUUGCAUCUCUGAACCUGUAUUUUGAGUGGUCCUGUGUCUACAUUCGUCCUGAGAGCCAUUCAUGUUUCUGAUUACGGCCAUUCAGGGCUGAGGGAUGGCUUUCUCUUGUCACACACUCUGUGAUGCCUUAAAUGCUUAUUUCCAAGCAGUAGGGGCACCUCCCUGGGUCCCGAGGCCAUGUGGCCAAAGUCUUCCAUUCCCACUUGGCCUUGAAGCAUGGUCCUGGAGAAGGCCACGGGUUGUCCAUCUUUCCACAGUGACCCAUCCGGCGAGGAGACGCUCAGUGUGCAGGCCCCCUACUGCAUCACCAGCUGGGUGGGCGAGGCUGUGGGUCUGUCCACUGCUUGGGGCCUGGGUGUCGCUGAGCCCACCCUGCUGAAGACCUUCAAGUCCUUCUUGGUAGACUUCACACUGCCCCCCAGCGAGGUCCGCGGGGAGCAGACCAAGAUCCCGCUCAGCAUCUACAACUACAUGGGCACCUGCUCAGAGGUGUACAUGAAGAUCUCGGUUCCCAAGGGUGUCCGAUUUGUCGGGCAUCCUGGCAGAUGCCAUCUGACCAAGAAGAUGUGCAUGAUCCCCGGGGAGGCUGAGCCCAACUGGGUGGUUCUGUCCUUCAGCGACCUGGGGAUCAGCAACAUCACAGCUGAAGCGCUGGCGUUUGGAGAAACGAGCUGCUGCCGAGAUGUGAAGUCAGUCAGACACGUGGAGGAGGAUCCCGCCGACAGGAGGGGCCCCGUUGGGAGGGAUCACGUCAGACACAGCGUGCUGGUUGAGCCCGAGGGAGCUUCCCGUGCGUACAGCUACAGCACUUUCUUCUGUCCCAACGCGGAAGUCCACAUCUCCACACCCAACAAAUACGAAUUCCAGUACGUGCAGCGGCCGCUGCAUGUCACCCGUUUGGACGUGGCUGUGUGAGCCCACAACGACGCCCGCGUGGCCUUGUCCCCUGGGCCCAAGGACACCACAGGCAUGAUGGAGAUCGUCCUGGGGGGGCACCAGAACACCAAAUCCUGGAUCUCCACCAGCAAGAUGGGCGAGCCCGUGGCCAGCACACACACAGCCAAGAUCCUCUCCUGGGAUGAAUUCAAAACCUUCUGGAUCAGCUGGCAUGGAGGACUCAUCCAGGUCGGCCAUGGUCCAGAGCCAUCAAAUGAGUCUGUCCUUGUGGCCUGGACCCUCCCCAGGGCACCAGAGGUCCAGUUCAUUGGCUUCUCCACUGGCUGGGGCUCCAUGGGCGAGUUCCGCAUCUGGAGGAAGGUGGAGGUGGAUGAGAGCUAUAGCGAGGCCUUCACCCUGGGGCUCCCACACAGCGCCAUUCCUGGCUCUGAGCGGGCAGCUGCCUCCAUUGUAGGAGACGUCAUGGGAACAACCCUGCACCACCUCAGCAGCCUCCUGCGGCUGCCCUUUGGCUGAUCCAUGAUCCACUUUGCGCCCAAGAUCUAUGUCCUGAAAUAUCUUCAGGACACCCAGCAGCUCAGCCCCGAAGUGGAGAAGGAGACUGCUGAUUCCCUGGCACAAGGCUACCAGCGACAGCUGACCUACAGGCACCAGGACGGCUCCCACAGUGCAUUCAGGGAGCGAGACGCAUCAGGGAGCAUGUGGCUCACUGCCUAUGUCCUGAAGUCCUUCGCCCAGGCACGCAGCUUCAUCUUCAUCGACGAGAAGGAGCUGGUGGCUGCCAGGGGCUGGAUGGUCCAGCAGCAGCGGGUGGACGGCUCCUUCCCAGCCGUGGGCAGGAUCCUGAACAAGGACAUCCAGGGCGGGAUCCGUGGCACCAUCCCGCUGUAUGUGGAGCCUGCGUUCCUGGAGACGGGCACGGCCUCGGAGGAGGAAAGGGGCGCCAUUGCCAGAGCGAGGCCCUUCCUGGAAUCCCACGCACCCCUGGCCGGGGACCCCUACAGCAGUGCCCUGAUUUCCUACGCUCUGACCCUGCUCCGCAGCCCUGCAGCCCCCAUGGCCCAGCAAAAGCUCCGCAGCCUGGCCAUCACCCAGGGUAGUCCUGGCCUUGCGGAUGGGGUCACCCACUGGAGCCUGACUCAUUCCUGGGACGUGGACAAGGACGCAUUCCUGAGCUUCAGCAAUGGGGCCUCUCAGUCAGUGGUCUCAGCCAAGGUGGAGACGACAGCUUAUGCCCUGCUGACCUACAACCUCCUGGGAGGUGUGGCCGCUGCCCUGCCUGUGGUGGAGUGGCUGUCCCAGCAGCAGAAUGAGCCUGGGGCCUUCUCCUCCACGCAGGACACAUGUGUGGCUCUGCAGGCCUUGGCAGAGUAUGCCAUCUUGUCCUACGCUGGCGUCAACCUCAUUGUCUCCCUGACCUCCACCAACCUGGACUACCAGGAGGCCUUUGAGCUGCACAGGGACAACCAGAAGGUUCUGCAGACGAUGGCGUCUUCCCAGAUCCCCAGCCUCCCCAUGGGGCUGUUCGCCAGGGGCAAAGGCUGCUGCCUGAUGCAGAUUGAGGUCACCUACAACGUGCGGGACCCGGUGGCCAAGCUGGCCUUCCAGCUCCUCAUGAGCCUCCAGGAGUCCGAGGCCAAGCGGUGCCAGAACCCCAGGCCUGCCUCCUUGGCCAAUGAUGAUAACCCAGAGACCGACCAGCAUCACCGAGAGUACCAGGUGACCCUGGAGGUGUGCACCAGGUGUCCGCAUGCAGGGUCCUGCAACAUGGCGGUCCUGGAGGUGCCCCUGCUCUUGGGCUUCCGGGCGGACGUCAAGAGCCUGGAGCAGCUGCUCCGUGACAAGCACGGCGAGCUGAAGAGGUACGAGGUGGCUGGACACAAAGUACUCUUCUACUUUGAUGAGAUCCCUGGUCUGUGCCUGACGUGCGCGCGGUUCCGGGCGCUGCGCGAGCACGUGGUGGGCAGGACGUCGGCGCUGCCCGUCUCCGUGUACGAGCGUGCCUUCGAGGCCACGCGCUUCUACAACGUCGGCGCGCGCAGCCCGCUCGCUGGAGAGCGAGCCCGGCCCAGGGCCCCAGAGGACCCGCUGAGCAGAGUAGGGGUGGCCGGCUGGUCCCCCGGCGAGCGGGGUCCCGCAGCCAUCCCAGAGGAGGGGGCGGCAAUCACGCGCUGCGGCUACGCCCGCGGCUGUGGCGCCCGCGGGGCCCAGCUGUGCGGCUCCGACGGCGUCGUCUACGCCAGCGCCUGCCGCCCACUGGAGCCCGCACCCCUUGGCCGCUGCGUGCUUGCACCCUCCCAACCAGUCCCCCUUCCUUCCAGAGCAGCCAGCGACAGCCUCUGCAUCAUACGCGUACGACUAUGA